AUGUCUGAUAAUGCCGUGUAUGAGUAUAUCGUGAUUGGGUUGCUUACUUUGGUUCUAGUCGGUGCAUUGAAUCGUGAAUUUGAUAUUAAUUUCCGAUUAAGUUUUCAUCGAGAUUAUGAAGCUCUACGAGCUAAGGAAGCUAUCGGUCAUCAAAAAUUGCAAGCUGAUUGGUUAUUGGAGAACAUUAUUCCAUAUUAUAUAAUGAAUGAUUUACGUCAGCAUAAUAAAUACUCUCGACAUAUUGAAGAUGCUGGUGUUGUUUUUGCAUGUAUUGCGAAUUUCUCUGAGUUUUAUGACGAACAAUACCAAGGUGGUCAAGAGAUGUUACGUGUUAUGAAUGAAAUAUUUGCUGAUUUUGAGCAUCAACUCGCCUUAUCAAAAUAUAAGGACGUCGAGAAAAUCAAAACAAUCGGCUCAUGUUUUAUGGCUGCUUCUGGAUUAAAUAUGACUGAACGUAAACGCAAUAAACGAUCAGAUGAACAUUUGUGGGCAUUACUUGAUUUUGCUUUGGAUUUAAUCCAUACACUAGAUGAUUUCAAUCGCCAAAUGUUCAAUUUUCAAUUUGAGCUAAAAGUUGGUUAUAAUAUUGGUGAAGUGACAGCUGGUGUUAUUGGUACUACAAAACUAUUAUAUGAUAUAUGGGGUGAUACUGUCAACGUGGCUAGUCGUAUGUAUUCAACAGGUUUAAAAGGUAGAAUACAAGUUACUGAGGCUGUUGCUAAACGCUUAGAAUCACGUUACAUAUUUGAAUACCGCGAUGAAGUGUUUGUCAAGGGUAAAGGUAAUAUGAAAACCUACUUAUUGGUAAGCCGUCGAAAUGGUUGA